AUGGCAGCCGCCAUGCUUAUAUCUGUCGCAUACAGCAUUCCUGUCGAGCAACGAACCAAUCCGUCAACCACCAACCUACUGGGCUUCGAUCCCGAUUACGUCCACGUCUCUUCUGCCAACGACGUCGCCCCUCAAAUAGUGACCCAACACGCACAGACCCUCCAUACGUUGAUCAAUCCUAGCCAUAACCUCACAGCUCCUUCUUCAAGAGGCACAGCACACCAGAGGCGGACAAAUGGACCUGAUGACCGAUACGAAUUCACAGAUCAGUCAGACUAUCCAUGGCGGAUCGUGGGCAAAAUCCAGUGGUCCAGCGGAGUCUUUUGCUCGGGCUCGUUGAUCGGGCCUCGCCACGUUCUUACCGCCCAUCACUGCGUGCCGACGGAUGGUUCGUCCGUAACAUUCUCGCCCGGCUUUGACAAUGGUCCCGGUCCAGUUGGAAGCGCUCAAGUCACCACGGCCGUGACUACCGAAGGCUGCGGUGAUGGUGACUGCGUGACGAAAUGCGACUUUGCCAUCAUGAUCAUCGACCAGCGCCUGGGCGAUAACCUGGGUUACUUUGGAGCCGUUGUGCCUGACACGAACCAUUAUAACAAGGAAGGCUACUUCGAGACAAUGGGUUAUCCAGGUGACCGUGAUAACGGCGCUCGGCCAUAUCGGCAGGAUGGAAACGGCAUUCCCAACCCAGGGCCACACGCUCAGUUCACCUGUGACAGCACUGGUCCAUUUUACAGUGACAGCGAUGUAGCUGGUGGUCAAUCCGGCAGCGCUUUCUGGGAUCCCAACUUCAAUGUUUGGGGUGCACUCUCCUUGAGGAUCUAUGGCUAUCCCAACAACGUUGAAGCAGCUGCCUGGGCUUCUGGUGAUGCUCUGGUCAAUACGGUGAUUGGUACUCGGAAUGAUUUUGCUUAG